AUGUUUAUUUUGGGAAUUAGAGAAGACAUUGUUAAUAAUUGUUUAAAAAUUUGCUAUGACAAUUACUUACAAAGACAAUCUGUGGCCUUUACUGUGCAUUGUGCUUAUUUGGCAUGGUCUAAAGUGAUAGGAGUCUUUUACAUGCCCAAAGAUCCUGGGGAUGAAGAAUUCAUGGGUAUAGAAUCAUGGGAGCCAGAUGAUGAACCUGAACCCUCUGUUAUCGAUUCUUGGGCUGAUCAAUGUAUAAAACCAAUCAAAAUUGAGCCUAAAGUGAGAAAAGAAAGUGUAGCUGCACCUAAAAAAAUAAUACCCCCAAAAGAAUUAGAAAUUGUUGAAUCAGGUCCCUCAACAAUAGCUAGCAUUGAAGGAGAAAGUGAUUAUUAUUAUUUACCAGAAUACAUUUUCGAAGAGCCCCCUGCGACAACCUUACAAGAAAAAUCAAUUUUCUCAUUAACUUUAUCCAUGUCACAGAGGUUAUUGCUUCUUGAUUCUGGAAGUUCCCUAAAAUGUAACAAAUUUCAAAGUGCACCAAAAAAAAAGAAAGGCAACUAUAAAUAA